GGGGGCGGAUGUUGUGAUCCUCGAGAGAAAAAACAACAAAAUAAUGAGCCUCGAGUCGUUUUGAAAGCAAUGGCCGCUGGUGCACAAUUUGAGACGUGCCUUCUGAAGGGUUGAAUUCUUUUGCCGUCCGAAUUUGGCCCGAAUGCAGUGGCCAUGGCGACAAGCGGCAGCUACUCGUCUUUAAUUGAGGAAGACAACUGGGACAACGGCUCUGAGGCCAACAUGGCCAGGGCCUCUUUGAUGAAUGGGCACCUUGUUUUUUGGCUUAAAUCUUGCCUUGUCGACUCCGAUCUGUUGCAAAACUUUGAGGAUUUGAUUGACGGACCUCUCCUAUAUGAAGUUCUGCAAAGAAUUGAUCCUGAUGGCAAUCCAUCUACAGAGGUUCAGGAGUCUCAUGGAGACCCUACAGUUCGACUAAAAAAUUUAGACAUUGUUGUCAAUGGCCUCAAAGUUUUUUAUGAGAAGGAGGGUCAAGGCUCUGUGCUUUUGUCAGUUCCCGACGUCUCUCUAUUGGCCGUCAAUCCUGAUGAUGGCGAUGUUUCUGUUACCUCUGAAGCACGUCUUCUCUUGGUACUAUUACUAGGGGCGGCUGUACAAUGUCAGGAGAAGGAAAAUUUUAUCCUCAAACUCAAAUCACUGCCUGUCGACGUUCAGUUGAAAAUAGUAGAAAACAUUAAGGAGGUCACUGAGGAAGGAAGCAUUGUCCUGAGUGGAGAGCAGGCAACAGACCAGAUGUCUUCAAUUUAUAAGAUGGCAAAAGAUCGAGACCGUUUCAUGUCCCAAUACAUCAAACUUUUGGCCAAGGAUGGUCGAGAGGACGGAGUUUCUCGAAGGAGCAUGUCUGUGGACGACAGCACCAAUGCUAUGCAUCAUGUUGUUGAGAUUGCAGAGUGGAAGUCUAAAUUACGAAGAAGGACACAAGAACUAGAGGAAAAGGGAGAAGCUCUGAUGGAGUGCAGAGAGGAGUUAGAAAGCAUGAAAGAAAUUGUUGGAAAAUUAAAGCAAGAGGUUUCAGAUUUAAGUUCUUCUGCUCGAUCGGCCAAGUUGUACAGAGACGAACUUGAUGCUGCCAGACUUAAAGCCGAGAGGUGCGAAAGAGUUGAAGCUGAAUUGGGUAGGGCCAGGGACAAACUUAGAGAUCUGGAGUAUUUGAAAUCAUUGACGAGCGAACUUCAGAGCGAUAAUAGACUGUUGGUGGACCGAACACAGGACCUUGAAGAACAGCUGUCGAGAGCAAGGGCACGAUCAGAAGCCAUCAUUGAUUUGGAGGCACAAAUUGCUCGUCUGAAGCAAUCGAAUAAUGAUGGAAAUCAAGACAGAGAAGAGUUGCAGGAAAAAAUUAGGGAUUUGACUGAAGAGAAUACACAGCUUCAACUAAGACAGCUUUCCCUUGGUCGAUCCGAUCCGAAGAACGCGAGUCAGGAACUAGAUCCCAACCUUAAUGACGGAGUUGGCAGCGGUGGCAGUUUGCUAGAUCAGCUGCAAACAAGCGCUCAGAGUGAGGUUGUUAAGUUGAAGAUGGAGAAUUCUCGGAUGCGAGCGGAACUUGACUCUUUAAAAGAAAAUCUGUCCUUGGAAACAGCCAGUUUGCAAACUGCCUUAGACAAUGAGAAGAAAAAGUCGGCCCUAAAGGUUGAAGAACUUCUUUCUUCUGAACGGGUGCAUCGUCAGCUGCAGUCGACUCUCGAAGACACUGUCCGAGAAUUGACCAAUGAAAAGAAGGAGCUUGGCUCGCAAUUGCAAGACUCUGCGAUUCAAUCUCAAAAGCUUGCCACUGAGUUGCAGGAAUCAAAGCAGCACAUUGUUGAAUUGUCUGACAAAGUGUCCCAUUUGGAGUCUGUGCACAGGGCCAACGGAGUGUUGUGGGAGGCUGAAAGGACCAAGCACACCUCAGGACAGCGGGAAAUUGUUCUGCUUAGGACAGAGAAAGAAAGGGCGUUGGAAAAUUUGGCAACCAAAUCUGCCCUGCUAGACGCGGAAAUUUCCAAGCGGAGAGAGUUUGAGGGCAAAGCAACUGAACUCAAGGCUGCCCUGAAAGUGGCCAAGGACACUAUCCAGAGAUCUUCUGAGCUCGAGCAGCAAAUGAAUGAGACUAUCAGUCAGCGAGACUUGUUGAAUAACUCAUUGAAAGAUUUACAAAACAAACUGACGCAGGAGAAAAUAGAUAAGGAGAAACUAAACAGCCAGCUUGACUCUGUUUUUAGCACUGUCAAGCAAAUAGCAAAUUGCGAGAACAUAGAUAGAAUCACAUUGACCGAUUACGAGGCCAUGCUGACUUUAUUAGCGCAGAAUCCUGAACUUAUCAACACUUUGAAAGAGAAGCAGAAAGGAAUCACAGAGGGAGGAGUCUGUGUGGAAACUCCAACUGAAGCUGAAAUCCAGGCUGAGGUUGAUGCAAACAAUAAAAUGCAGGAAAUUGCUGAGCUUCAAGUAAAAAUUUCUUUGCUUGAGUCCCAAAUUGCCUCAUUACUCAACCAACAAACGGCUCAGCAGCUGGCAAAUACUCAGUUGGCAGCUGAAAAAGAAGAGUUGUGUCACCAACUUGAGAAUCAAGUGGCUCAAAAUAGCCAGCUGGCCCAGGAUAUGGCUAACCUUCAAAAGAUCCAUGAAACUCUUAGCAUGGAGUAUGAGGCUGCUAGGAAUGAGCGUGAGUCUACAAGGAGUGAACUAAAGGCUGCACAAAAGGAGCUCAAAGUAGCAACAGCAGAAAUCAAUGCACUCAAAAUCACCAACCAAGACCAAGAACUUCUCAGAAUUGAAGCAAAGACACUUGCCAACCUUCGAGCCGAACAUUCAAAGCUGAAGGAGGACUUCAGGCAGCUCUUCUCUGCCUCUGAAAGAUUGAAAAUGGAGGCCAGAUCAAGAGACGAUGAACUGAGAAGGACAAGGGUUGAACUGGGAACAGCAAGGAUAAACACAAGGCAGCUUACCACAAGUCUAGAAAAUGAAAAAGAAGUUAAUACUAGAUUAAGUGCCAGACUCACAAGAGUCGAUACUAAGCUUCAGCUGCUUGUUGGUGUUGCACAUUCUCUCGAGGAAGACAGGCGGAGUCUCAUGAGCCAUGUUACGUCUCUUUUGAGCCAAUACCACGAACUCCUUUCAAAUUCAAUGGAGGACAAGGAGUUUUUCCACAGCCAGGAAAAGAUAUUCUUGGAAAAACUCAAUGGACUCAUGAGGCAGAAGGAAAACUUGGAACAAAAAAUUAUGGACCAUUAUCGGAGGCUCGACAGCUGUUCGACAAAAAAGAAGGGGUUUGGUGCCAAUUUAGUCAAAAAAGUUAGGAAAGCUGGUUCGGACAUCAUCAGCAAAGUUCCUAGAGGAAGAAGCCGAUCGAGAAACACUGCCGAGGGAGCAGACACCUCUGCGUCCUCUGAUUUGAACACAACUCACGAUUCGGAGCACAGUUCUGACGAGACAGUGUCCGAUCACGGUAGCGGCCUUCCUCUCGAUUCGGACACAGAUACGUCUUUGAGCACAGUUGGAACCAGAAGGGCUAUUUACUACGAUGACGAUCAUCCCUCUUCAAGUCUAGGGGAGCCUCUGGACAAUCCAACCAACGACACAAAAGAGAGGAACAUUUUGGUCUACAACAAAAUAUCAGCGGUUGUCGGGACGACAAACAACGUGCAGUCACCCGGCUCCAACCACAACAAUCACGACACCCCUGAUCAGCCGAAACCCGAGAGCUCCAUCUGGUAUGAGUACGGGUGUGUCUGACAUAAGGCCCCCACCCCCAAAAACCCCCAUUCCUAAUCAAAACUUUGAUCAGGGCAACUCACCACCACUUUUUGGAUACUUAACUUAUCGACUGAAUUUAUUGCCUGUGGUGAUUCCGUACAGCAGCUUUUGUAAAUCCCGACUUUACAUCAAUUAAUUAACAAGCACACUCUGUAGUCAGAUAGUUACCCUCAAGCAGCAAUGAAUCCAUUUUUUACGGUGCUAAAGUAAUAAGAAACAGCUCAAUAUCGAGUGCCUUUUCUUGCAAUUAAUGAGCUGUAUUUUGGCCCAAGGUCAAAUGAGACCAGCAAGGCUUUUUUGGAAACUAACAUUCUCGCGCACAACAUUUUGCAAUGACAUGUCAAUUUCCUAUUAUCUAACUUUUUUUAGAUAUUUAUUGUUGAUUUGGUCUCUUGUUACUAAAAGUAUUCAAGUGCAAUUUUGAAUGCAGCCUAGUAGUUUUAGAAACAUAAGGUUAAAUUUUGGAUUUUACUAAUCUUGUUGCACUCUUGUCACAAACUUUUAUAGUAGUUUUAGAAACUAAUCCUACCAUUGCUUAAUGUGGGGGCCAAUUUUUUCACCAUAUUUUUGCCGCUUGUAUAUUUUAUUUCAAUGAUUUCCAUCUACGGAGGCCUUUAAACUACCUUUUGGAUUUUUUUACUCAAAGUUUUAUCGAUAGACAAUUGCGCAUUCUUGAAUAAUGCAUGAUGCCUUUUUAACGCUGGAACCAUUGUGAUUUUCUUUUACUGGAAAAUUUCCUUACGAGUAGGGAUAAUUAUUUAUUUUUAACAACCAAGAGGUCUUUUGUAAACUAGAUAUACGAAAUUGUGCCUUUCUUUUCGUGUAGCCAUGUAAGUAGUUAUCAAAAGUAGUGAUCUCUUUAAAUUUUUGGACACUCUUCUGCGUCACUCAUGUUUUGUAAUAUUAUUAUGCACUUCUACGAUCAACGAAAAUUGAAAAUAUGAAAUGAUUGUUUUGAGAAUUUUAAAUACAUGAUGUGCAAACAAAA